UCACUACAGAGGAAACAAUGAGCUCAACACAGAAGGACCAACAUGGAGCGAGAAGUCAGCGCUCUCAGGAGGCCGACAAACCUCGCAGAAGAAAGGGAGAGAAAACAUACACCUGUGACGAGUGUGGCAAGGAUUUUACUGGGAAGGCUGAACUAAAACGUCAUCAGGUCAUCCACACUGGAGAGAGACCGUUCAGCUGUGACAUGUGUGGAAAGUCUUUUACCAUGAAGCAUUACCUAAAACAACACCAACUCAUCCACAGUGGAGUUAAAGCGUACAGCUGUGAUCAGUGUGGCAGAGCUUUUACUCAAAGUGGCCAAUUACAGAAGCAUCUACUUACCCACUCUGGAAUUAAGGCAUACAGCUGUGACAUUUGUGGAAAAACUUUCAGCCUGAAACAGAACCGAAAUAUACACCUACGCAUUCACACCGGACAUGAUGUGUACUGCUGUGAUCAGUGUGGCAAAGAGUUUAUAACAGACACACACCUAAAACGCCACAUGUUUACCCACACUGAGGAGAGACCUUAUAAAUGUGACCUGUGUGAGAUGACUUUUAAAUCUCCACAUUACCUGCGAGAACACCAACAGAUCCACACCAGAAAGAGAUUCUCCAAGCGCGGUUACUGUGAGAGAUCAGCUGAUCACCCUGAUGCCGGCCGGCUCGCUGGCCAGAUCCGCAGAAGUACCAGCUGA